CACGGGUUUGCCAAAUUUUGUUGACUCGCACGUGGCAAGAGCCGAGUUUAUCGGCUGGCCAUGGAGGCAGAGGGGCGGAAUCAGCUCCGCACCAAGACGCCGCCCAGCAGACAGACCUCGAAUGAUGACCUGGACGAGUUCCAGACGUAUCAGAGGUUCCGCCUGAAACUGGUGUCCAUGUUUGGCUCCAUGGCGGCCGGCCUGUACGAAUUCGGCGCGGAUCCUCAAACGGGAAGGAUCUCUCAGAAGGACUUUGUGCGGGUUUGCGUGAAGCUUGAGCUGAUGAACGACAGAGAGGCCACCAGCCUCUUCCAGCACUUCACCAACGCGGAUCCCUGGGCUGACCAGGGUUGCGACUUCGCCACGUUCAAGGAUUUCAGCAUUGAUGAGGAGGAGUGGAACUUUGUGGUGGCUAGCAAACAGCAGGCCAGAUCCGCCAAGUCCAACAGCAUUCCGUUCUCCUCCGCGCCGUCAGGCAUCAGCACCGGCCUGUACCACCGACCCAUGUGCGUGCAGGUCCUGGAGGGCCGGGAGUCCCCCAAGAGCGGCCCCUCCAAGAGGAUCCCACCUUGGCGGGAGCCGCAGAAGCCCUGGGCUCCGUCGAUGCUGGCUGGCACGGGCAUGGCGUCAAUAGAGGCGAAGACCGUCCUUUGCUUUCGACCCAAUGGCCAAACCAUGGUGACGAAAGGGAAGACGCCCUUGGACCGGCCCCGUGUGUCGACACACGAGGACACCCACUCGCGCAGCUGUGAGUGGCGUUCUCAGGCGUGGCGCUGCCCUACCAGGAGAGAUGAGAUGGAGCCGCUGGUCUCUGCGAAGCAGGUUGCUGAAUGGUGGCCAUAUCGCAGCCCGGCCCCAGCGCCCAAAGCCAAACUGCGGAAGCCAAAACUUUAGGGUCGAGUUUCACCGGACGCGGGCCAGCGGUCUUUUGAUGAUCUGCAGAAGGUUCGUUCCUGCAGCCAUGGCUUCCUCCAAAGAUGUCCAAGAACUCGCCGCAUUUGGAAUCGGGCAUGCCGGUUGAAUCGGGGUGCUUUCGGGCGACCGACUCAGGAUCUCCCCUGAAAAGAGUCUACUUGCUCGCAGAUUUUUCUGAGCUUUGCACAGAGGACCCCGACCGCGCGCAGGUGCCCAACUUGUCCAGUGGCGGCAUCCCAACCGUUUUGCAACGUCACUCGAUUGCUGCUCUAAACAUGGCCAAAUAAUCAAAACUGAAAACCGACAAAGAACAAAAGAACACUGCAACGAUCACAUCAGGUUAUCAUACUUUCCAUGUUGCUGUUCCCCACCCAUGUCUGCUUCCCCAUGGCCACUGCCGUUUUGGCCCCGCUGUGGCAGAAGGCCACACA